AUGGAGGCAACCGAUGCGAGUCGACUGAGCGAAUUUGAAGGAAAGACGUAUUUUUUCAACCGCGCUCCAGCAGCGAGCGCGCUGGCCGGCCCGAGCCGCAGUCGGCGUGGCGGCUGCGAGAUGGUGACGGUGGCGGCCAGCCUCGACGCGACUGAGGCUGCGCUCUCAUCGAUCCGCGCAGCGCCUGCGGAGAGCUCCGCGCCCGCACCGCACGAGCCGCUCGCCUCCGCGCCCUGGCGGCACGCCUUCAGCACUCUGGUGAGCCACCGAGCGUUUGUGAGCGACGGCUUCGGAGAGGUCGCCUUCAAGCUGGAGGAGCAUUGGGAGUUCGCGGUGGGCGCCUUCACGAUGGAGGACGUGGCGCGCGACGUGACCCUCCUCCCGCCCCAGUUCGUCGCCAGCGGCAUGCGCCACCAAGGAGGCGUCUACAACCAGCCGUUUGCAGCCGGCUUCAGCUUUGCAGACGUCGACACCCGGAUGGACUCUGCGACGGUCGUGAUGCUCAACGCGGGCUUCCUCGUCCCGAAGCUCGCCAGCAUCUCGCUCGCCAUGCUCGAGGCGACCGGCCUGCCCAUCUGGCUGAACGUCUACCUGAGCAAGCCCGGCCUCGCCACUUCGACUCAGCUGCACACCGACGCGCAGGACGUGGUCCUCGUGCAGUGCACGGGCCGAAAGCGGUGGAGGGUGUACCGGCCUCCCCCGCCAGGGAAGACACCCUCGCUCGACCCGUUCGCUCGCGGCAAAGGCACCGACCACAUGGAGUUUGUGGAGGAGGACUUGCUGAUCGACACUGUGCUCUACAUUCCCGCCGGCUACCCGCACACCACCGACACGCUCCUCGAGCCGGUCGAGGACGAGGUCGCCUCGCAGCCCUCCGUCCACCUCACCGUCGGCGUCGACUCGCACAUCUGGAGCCUCUCGUACGCGCACCUUCGGCAGCACGCGCUCACGCGCGCCGGCCAGCCGGCCGCCUUGUCGGACGGGGCACCCGCGACCGCCACCUCGCUGGCAGAACGGCUGCUGCAGUGCGAGCCGGUGCGUUGGGGCGGCGCCACGGCGGCGGAGCUCGCAGCGAGGCUUGGCUUGGUCGGCGCGGCGCGGCGCGUCCUGCAGCACUACGAGGCUGUGCUGGCGGAGCAGACGCGGAUGCAACUCCGAGCGUCGGGCGGGGGCGAGACGUACCUCCGAUCGGCGUACGGGGGCGCCAAGUCGGAGGCCUCUCUGCGCGCGCUGACCAACUCGCUGAUGGACAGCAUGGAGGCGCUCGACGGCCACUCGGCAGCGCUGCAGCGGUGGGCCGCGUGCGAGGAGGAGGCGGCCGCCACCAAGACGGGCUUCGGCGCGGCCAAGGCGGCCGGGGGAGGCAUGGGGGGCGGCAAGGCAGGGGCGGGAAAAAAGGCGAAGAGGAAGAAGCGUUAG